AUGGCUUUUGCAGCUGUGCUUGUUGUUGGUUUCUUAUUUAAUCCCCUUUCAGCCAUUGCGCAAUCUUACAAAAAUGUUAGUUUGGGUUCAUCACUCAGUACGAGUGAUGUUACUAGCUUUUGGCCAUCUCCGUAUGAAGAAUUCGCUUUCAGCUUCAAAAAAGUUGGAAAUGGAUCAGGCUACUUACUAGCCAUAUGGUUCAAUUUAAUCAAAGAAAAAACCAUAGUUUGGUCAGCCAAUAGGAAUAAUCUUGCCUUAGAUGGAUCCAAAGUUCAGCUCACUAGAGAUGGAAGACUAGUCCUCACUGAUCCAAAUGGUCAAGAGAUGUGGUCUCGUGGCAUGGCGGAAUUGGCCUAUGGAGCCAUGCUUGACGAUGGAAACUUUGUACUAGCAACCAGUAGUUCAGACACUCUAUGGCAGAGUUUUAAUAAGCCCACCGAUACGAUUUUGCCUGGUCAAGUACUUAAUCAAGAAACUAGUCUUAUUUCAAGUUUCUCUAACACGAAUGUAUCUAGUGGGAGGUUUGAGUUCCUACUUCAAACUGAUGGAAAUCUGGUGUUUUACACUGUUAGUUAUCCAUCUGAGGCAACAAAUGAUGCAUAUUGGUCACCUAUGUCAGUUGGCGGUGGUUAUCAGGUGAUCUUCAAUCAAUCCAUCUUUAUUUUUCUUCAAGCAAAGAAUGGAACUUUGUUAUAUUUGAUAUCUUCUAAUGUGGAAAACUCAAGAAGCCAAUCACUGUAUCAUCGAGUGAUUCUUGAAUAUGAUGGAGUUUUUAGGCGCUAUGUCUAUCCGAAAUCUUCUAGUGGGAAACCGAUGGCAUGGUCAAGUUUGUAUAACAUUCCUGAUAACAUCUGUUUGUCUAUCAGGGAAGAUACAAGAGGGGGUGCCUGUGGUUUCAACAGUCUAUGCUCAAUAGGAACUGAUCAGAGGCCAAGAUGUGAUUGUCCACUGGGGUAUAUCUUGGAUGAUCCGAACGAUAAAUUAGGCAGCUGCAGACGAAAUUUCUCUGAGAAAAACUGUAACCAUGAAUCGCGAGAAGUUGAGGCUUUCACUUUCCAAGAAAUGUUGCACACUAACUGGCUUGACUCUGAUUAUUGUUAUUAAGAAACUAUUAAAGAAGAUUGGUGCAGACAGAAUUGCUUGAGUGAUUGUUUUUGUGCUGUUGCCAUUUAUAGUGACAACAACAUUUGUUGGAAGAAAAGAUAUCCUCUUUCAAACGGGAAUGUAGAUCCAAAAACUGGAGGGAAGGCUUUGAUAAAAAUAAGGAAAGACAACUCCACAGUGGGAUCACCAAAUGUUGAAAAAAGAAAAAAGAAAAAUCAAUCUACUCUGUUCAUUUCUUGUUCUGUGUUGUUGGCCACUUCAGUUUUCAUGAAUUUAAUCCUUAUUAUUUUUAAGUUUAAAGGGAAAAAACGAAACAUGAUUGCACCAUAUUCAGUUGUUCCAGGAGUGAACUUAAGAAGUUUUAGCUACAAAGAGCUGGAACAAGCUACAAAUGGAUUCAAGGAAGAAUUAGGAACUGGAGCUUUCUCAACAGUUUACAAAGCGGUUCUUGAUGAUGAAAAUGGGAAAGUCGUUGCUGUCAAAAAACUACGAAACAUGGUAACAGAAGAAGAGAGAUUUGAAGCUGAAGUGAAUUCAAUCAGCAGGACAAAUCACAAGAACUUGGUCCAACUCCUUGGAUUCUGCAACGAAGGCCAACACCGCCUUUUGGUAUAUGAAUACAUGAAAACAGGCUCAAUAGCACACUUGCUAUUCAAAGAUUCUAGGCUAAGUUGGUCCAAAAGGGUACAAGUUGCCAUCGACACUGCCAAAGGACUUUCCUAUUUGCAUGAAGAGUGCAGUUCCCAAAUUAUAAAUUGUGACAUCAAGCCCCAAAAUGUGCUUUUGGAUGAAAGUUUGACAGCAAAAAUAGCAGAUUUUGGUAUGGCCAAGUUUCUGAAAAAACAUCAGACUCAAACAACCACUAGGAUACGUGGAACAAAAGGGUAUGUAGCCCCAGACAGGUUCAGAAGCAUGCCUAUAACUGUGAAGGUGGAUGUGUACAGCUUCGGGGUCUUGCUUUUAGAUUUGAUUUGCUGCAGAAAAAACUAUGAGCAGGAUGUGGCAAAUGAGAACGAAAUGAUACUACUGGAGUGGGCUUGUGAUUGCUAUAACAGAAAUGAGUUGCAUUUACUUGUAGGUGAUGAUGAAGAGGCAUUAGAAGAUAUCAGGAGAUUUGAAAAGUUCUUGUUGGUUGCUAUUUGUUGCAUUCAAGAAAAUCUAGCAUCAAGGCCUAGCAUGAAGAAUGUCAUGUUAAUGCUUGAAGGUUCUGUUAAAGUAUCAAUUCCUCUCCACACUUUUUCGUUUUUCGAUUCAAUUUAG